CUUGCGAAUGAUUAUUUGAAAAAUACCUCACCAGAAUUGUGGAGUCUCAAUGGCUUUGUCGAUUGGUGUAACUCAUGUAAUCUACUUAAGGGAGACAAAGUGAAAAUAUUGGAUCAUAUAAAAAAAGGACUUGAGAAAGUCAAGAAUAAUGCACUCAUUCAAGAAGAUACGCAACAGAAGGCAACUAAAUU